AUGUUUCACUUGCAGAUCUGUCUGAACGCGACGGCGCUCUUCCGGUUCCUGCUCUCGUUGGUCGUGCUCGGCGGUACCCUCCAAAAGCUGGCACCAACGCCGUGCUCCUGUUCGUUUCUCCGGCCUUGGGACUGUUCAGCGCGUGCGGACUCGUAUGCAUUGUUUGGCCGGUACGAUAAUAUUGGAAUUUCAGUCUCGUUCACAUGUUCCGUUUGCAGAUCCUCGCCAUCAUUGCCGCCUCAAUCAUCCACGAAUCGUUCAGUUAAUUCUUCGCCUACUACGGAUCGGAUUAUAGCGUUUCGAGCUCGAAUGGCUAUGAAAACAGCUUCAACGUCGCCUCUUGCCAAGCUGAAAGUGAUCCGAAACUCUAUUUCGACUAAAGGACCAUCGCCAUCGGCUUCGUUCCGCUCGCCCGCUUCUCCAUUUGUGUCGGGUAACUCUGCCCUUUGAACUUCUUCAAAUCAUUCAAUUUCAGAUGCUGUCACACUUUCGAUGGCUCCGAUGAAGAGCAAGACGGACGGAUUCUGGGGGCAAAAAGGCCACCGGGAGAGUCUCGACUGCAAGUGGAACAGUCUGAAAAUCUGUACUAGAAUCGGAAUGGAAAUAAAAUAA